AGAAAUUGGCGUCUUGUUGGAUUAAUACAAACUGGCCGGGGGAGAAAAGAAAGAAAACGAGAGUAUUUUCUAGCCAGAAGUAUAUCUGCACAUAUGAUCCAGCUUGUUCGGCCAUCUGUACAUUGACGUUGACUUAAGUUCAGCUAGCAUUAAAGGAAAGCAAUUAGUUUUCCCCCGUCACAUGGGCAUGCGCAAAGAGUACUAAUCUUUCUACAUAUGUAGUUAUACAAUAAUAUUAAUCUUGUUGUUGAUCAAGAAGAUAAGAAGAAGUAGGAAAGGUACGCAGUUUUGAUCAAUACUCGAUGGGAGAUCAUCUUAAUUCAGUUCGCUCUUUUUGCUCACGAGGUGGAGGAGGAGCUCGCUUCUGUUGUACUGGUCCUUUCUCUGCUGCCUCUCCGGGAAAAAGAUGGGUUCUUGCAACCGUUUCCGCCUUCUUCUUUGUCAGCCUCUGUAUCAGCAUCUUCAUCUAUUGGAAUGAUGUUUAUGAUAUAGCAGGUAAUUACUUCUUUAGGGCGCCACCUCCUCCUCCACCGCCAAGCACUCCUCCAAGGCCCGCUAUCAAAAUCGACUUCCCAUUCAAUUGCUCCAAUAGGGACCCUGCAAUAACAUGCCCAACAUCCAACCAGAGGGUGAGAUCUCAGACCGACAAAUCGUCUGCAGUGACAUGUCCCCAGUACACUCGGUGGAUCCAAGAAGAUCUACGGCCGUGGAAGAGGACGGGAAUCACGAGGGACAUGGUGGACAGAGCAAGAGAUUUUGCAAAUUUUAGGGUGGUGAUUGUGAAGGGAAAGGUUUACGUUGAGAGAUACCAAAAUGCGUUCGAAACUAGGGAUGUUUUUACGAUAUGGGGGAUUGUGCAGCUUCUGAGGUUGUACCCUGGGAAAGUACCGGACUUGGACCUGAUGUUCUGGUGUGGAGACCGGCCGGCGAUCUUAAAGAGAGAACAUAAUCAUGUCAAGCAUCUGCCGCCGGUGUUUCAUUAUUGUGGAGAUGACGAAUCAUACGACAUCGUAUUCCCUGAUUGGUCCUACUGGGGUUGGAUUGAGGUGAAUCUAAAGCCAUGGACGAUUAUGCUGGAGGCCUUAAAAGAAAGCAACAACAAGACCAAGUGGACGGAUAGAGAACCCUAUGCUUAUUGGAGAGGAAACCCAUAUGUGUCUCCAAGGAGAGGAGAACUUAUGAAAUGCAAUCUCUCUGAGAAACAUGAAUGGAAUGCUCGCCUCUAUAGAGAAGACUGGGGUGCGGAACGUCAAGAAGGAUUCAAGCACUCCAAUCUAGAAGAUCAAUGCACCCACAGAUAUAAAAUAUACAUAGAAGGAGUGUCAUGGUCGGUGAGUGAGAAAUACAUACUGGCAUGCGAUUCCAUGACCUUGCUGGUCGACCCCAAGUACUAUGACUUUUUCACAAGAAGCUUGGUUUCAAAGACACACUACUGGCCCAUUAGAACCUCACAUAUGUGCACAGAUGUCAAGUCUGCUGUCGAUUGGGGCAAUAGCCACACCGACAAGGCACAAGCUAUUGCAGAAAUGGCAAGCAAGUUCAUUCAAGAGGAUUUGAAAAUGGAAUUCGUGUACGAUUACAUGUUUUACUUGCUAAGUGAAUACGGAAAGCUCUUCAAAUAUCAACCUACAAUUCCUCCAGGAGCAGUUGAGGUAUGUUCGGAAACAACAUUGGCAUGUCCAGGGGAUGGUUUAUGGAGAAAAUUUAUGGUGGACUCCAUGGUGACGUCCCCUAAGGCUACAGUUCCAUGCACGAUUCCUCUUUAAGCUGAUAAUUCAACUCUUGAAACUAUUCUGGUGAUCCGUACAAAAUUAUAAUUGAAGAGACAAUAAUGGGAGUACUGGAGAUCAUCGAUCAUGUGGCCGACUGAAUAUACAUAUAUACUGGCAAAAUCUAUAUUAUAAUAACGGGCCGGUCUUUUU